GUAGGUACGGUCGUGAAUUUUGACGAGCCGCCAGUCUGUCUAGCGUGGAACCGUGACCGUGGAGGCUUCAGUUGGCCAGAAUCCGCGUCGCUGUAAGGACACAAACCGUACUCAGCUCCCGUUUCGACGAGAUGCCGCUUAGUUCGUUUCCUUGUUUGUCUCUUCUUCCUUCGAUCAGUAGUAGUAGCAGAGGCAGCAGAUGGUGGCUGUCGAAUUAGACUAGAAUUUUCAGCAGUCGAAGUCGUCGAUGAGCGGGUUAAUGGGGAAGGUACUUUUGUUGAGUUGAAUAUCCCGCGCGCGAAUUGUCAUAGUUGAAAGAGUUCAUCAGCGGUAGUUCCACAGCCCCACGAUGGACCUCGUCGGAGGCUGGGGCUGAUCGGUGACUGCAGCUGUGACUGUGUGUGUGUGUGUGCGUGCUGAGGCAUCCGUACACUUUUUCGGUUUGAGAUGUGAAGACCUGUGCAAGUGCGACGGGCCAUGGACCGUUCUAAUAAAUUGUUAUGUAAUGGGGUGGGCAAAGUGUGGGUGGAACAAGAUUGGGUGUGUGUUAAGCAGAAGAAGUUACUCGUGCCGGAAUUAGAUUAGUUUAGAUUGGUCCAAUCGAUGUGAAUGGGGCCGCGAUAAAAAUAGUAAAGUUUUUGCAGUGCCAAGAGAUUGAUGACACACACAGCGCGAACAGUUACCCUUUAACCGUCAUCGUCCUGGUAGGUGCGAAACGGAAAAUCGAUGUCACGGAGGUUGGUCGGUUCCCCCCCAAUUCCCCGAUAGACAGGCAGUGUAGUAACGAAGGGUGGUAGUAAGAAGAAAAAGAAACAGAAAAUGAUCGCAUCAGCAUAAAGGUGCGUGAGUUUUUAAAAUCAAUAAACUUCGGUCGUACGGUGGUCUGUCAUACUUUUAUUGUUGGAUGCUGGGUGGCAGCCAUCAUCCCAACCCUGGCAAUAAAGUGCUUGUCAAUAACAUCAAGCUUUUUGAAUAAGUAACAAAAAUUGCACGUGAAAAACGCAAAGUGUUUUUCAGUAAAGAUUUAUGGUUAGCCACCCCAAAACGGCAAAACGCCGAACUUGAAGCAGCAUCGUAGUAAGCCAGUUAGCAACAAAAAAUAAUAAAAAAAAAACAGCUCGUUCUCACCGGAAACAAAAAAAAAACCCGAAAGUACGUGCUUCUGUUAUUAUUUAUGUGUCGUGGUGGCGGUAGAAGAAUCCGGCUCAACCAGCCGAGCCUCGGACUAGACGGGGAACUGGAUGGAUAUUUUUUGCUCAAUCAAAGCUCGAGGAAAAAAAAGUGCCAGGAAUAAUCACGACGAGCAAGUGAUGUCCUGAAGAUGAUUGCGCAAGGAUCUGUUGAAACAGUGCGAAGCGAAACCUUGGCAAGUUAAAGUGAAGAAAAAUUACCUCCCAAAUAGAGAGAGAAAAAAAGUUGAACCUGUGCGAAAAAAAAAACCAAGUGCUCAAGAAGCUAAUGAAAUACGGUGCUAUUCCGUGGAAGGGGGUGAAAGUGGCGCAUCCUGGUGUCAGUGGUGUCCAAACGACCGGUGAAAAAUAGUGUCAGCAGAUAAAAGAAAAAAGACGAACGCGGAGCCCGUUUGUUGCUGAUGGUGUUUGUUCUGCAUUUAUACGACGAGAGUCCCGACAACAACAACAACAAUAGGAAAUGCCCCACACGCAACUACCGUCACAAACAUCACACUCCGGUGCAUUCGUAUGGUGGCCGAAUAUGAAAAUUGGAUUUGCACGUGCCGCCCCGUAGCGAAGUGCAGUUGCAACCACAACAGCAGCAACAGCAAUGAUGGUGGCAAAGAGAGAGGAAACAUUUCGACAGUGUCCGUGAAAAUCGUUCGAGAGUGACUGCAUCCGGCAUGGCCGUGAUGAUGAAGAUGAUGAUGAAGGUGGUGGUGGAGGUGGGAUUGUUGAAACUGCCGGUGACGUGCUUCCUAUAGGUCUAAUCCGCGUUCAGCGAUUUCCCGGCACGCACGACUGAGCUGUGUGAAACCGGUAGGUAGAAAAAAAGUGCUUUGUCUGUGGUGUUGUCGGUUGAGGUGGUGUUGAUAGUGGCUACUGCAACUUCGGGGACAUGGUGACGGUUAACGAUUCCGCCGUUCCCGGGUGGGAUUCGCCGGACUAUUUUCGGUUGUUUAGUGAAGGAUCACCGCCCGUCAACGACAGCCGCCCGGGAAGGUCUUCCUACACGGGACCGGGAAUUUCUCUCAAUCAGCUCGGACUUUCGUCCAACGCUGCCGCUGGUAGUGCCGCCGGAAAUGGUAGCGCCAACGGUAGUGCCAACGGUUCGGCAUCGGUUGCCGCAGCUACGUCCAGUGCUGCCUACCAGCUGUACUACGGUGAUGAAACAGUUCGGAAUGGUAGCCGUGGGGCGGACGGGGCCCCCCGGGAGGGUUACCCAUCGCCCGGUGGAAGCAAUUUUAUGUUGCUACUGGAGGAUUUUGGUGAAUAUUUUUACAACUAUAAUGGAAGUGGCCCACCGAACGACACACUGCUCGGGACAGGCUCCGGUGGAUCGGGAUUCCAGAUCAACUGCACACUCGCGAAUACCACCUGCAUCGUGCCGAGUGAUGUCCACUAUAACUACUGGGGCCUGAUCCUGGUGCUGUUUCCGAUCCUGACGCUGUUCGGUAAUGUGCUAGUGAUACUGGCGGUGUGUCGCGAGCGGACUUUACAAACGGUGACCAACUACUUCAUAGUGUCGCUCGCGUUGGCCGAUCUGCUGGUUGCGGUCGUGGUGAUGCCGUUUGCCGUAUAUGUGCUGGUGAACGGAGCGUGGACGUUGCCAAAUUUCGUUUGUGAUUUCUACAUAGCAAUGGAUGUGAUAUGCUCAACUUCAUCUAUAUUUAAUUUAGUGGCAAUAUCUAUAGACAGAUACAUCGCCGUGACGCAGCCGAUCAAGUACGCGAAGCACAAAAACAGCCGCCGGGUGUGCCUGACGAUCCUGCUGGUGUGGGCAAUCUCGGCGGCGAUCGGGUCACCGAUCGUACUAGGACUAAACAAUACCCCGGAUCGGGUGCCCGAUCUGUGCGUUUUCUACAAUAGUGAUUUUAUAGUGUACUCGUCGCUAAGUAGUUUUUAUAUACCAUGUAUCAUAAUGGUGUUUUUAUACUGGAAUAUUUUUAAGGCCCUUCGAACCCGAGCGAAAAAGCAACGCGCAGCGCGCAAGCCCCACAUAUCGGAAAUCACCGCCGGUGGAAGUCUGAUGGAGAACAUUGCUCAAACGAAGAUUGCGGUGGAAACCCAGCUGGACGGCAGCACCAAAAGCGGCUCGUGCAAAAUCAUUCCGGACGAGCCGCCAACGAAUACGGCGUCCGGUUCCAACGAGGAAGACGAUGACAAUGCCGGGUCCCCUGACAUUGAAGACUGUCAUGUGAUUGUGAACGAUAAAUCAACAGAAUUUAUGUUGGCCACAGUCGUUGAAGAAGCUGGAAAUGUGGUGGCCCAGAUCACGACAACGCAGAUUCCCUCCGACCCGAAUGGCAAUCACGACUCGGGCUACGCGGCGUCCGGCAUCGGAGACGUGCUGGCAGCGAAUGCGACCCCACCCGGCAGUCCAAACGUGGCCGCCACGGUCAUUGUAAAUAAAAACGCUACGCUUAGGAGUAGGAACGGUUCGCCCAGGAAGGAAGCAAGUGUGACGCUGAAACCGCUGUCGUUAGUGCGAUGCGGGGUGCAGCAGGCCUUAACGCUCAACCGGAACGACUCGACGAUAUCAACGAACUCCAACACGAGGGACAGCACACUGAAGGACAAGAAAAACACUCAGCAAGCAACGAGCAGAUUCACGAUCUACAAGGUGAACAAGGCGUCCAAGAAGAAGCGGGAAAAGUCCUCGGCGAAAAAGGAACGGAAGGCGACCAAAACGUUAGCGAUAGUGUUAGGCGUAUUUUUAAUCUGCUGGGUACCGUUCUUCACGUGCAACAUCAUGGAUGCGAUGUGCACCAAGCUGGACAUGACCUGCCAGCCGGGUGUGACGGCUUUCAUCCUGACUACCUGGCUCGGUUACAUGAACAGCUUCGUCAAUCCGGUCAUCUACACCAUCUUCAAUCCGGAGUUCCGGAAGGCGUUUAAAAAAAUCAUGAACAUCGAUUGAGUGCGGCGCAUCGUGCCGGGCGGUGGUGGCGACGGCGGCAAUGGUGGUGUCAAUGGCGUUGGUGGCAGCAGAGGUAAGACACCGGCAGGACGUGCGACCCCCCGAACCGGUACGUUGGCGGUGGUGAUGGAAGGGGUGGCGGUUGCGGCUGCGGCUGCAGCAACGACUGCGACGACAAUACCGGAAUGUGAUUCCCGGGAACUGUCGUCGUCCGGUGGAAUGGAAACGGUGGGUGCUACCAGUGCCAGUGGCACCGGGGAUGGUCCGGCCACAACCGCGUGGCAUCCAAACGAAACCAACUGACCAACUGUAGAGAGGGACCGGCCCGCAGCAGGGCUGGAAUUGGGUGAUAGCUAGAGUAUUACGAGAUUUGCUUUGCAUUCGUUCAGUUCCUAUUUCCGUUGGUGCGACGGAAUCACACACACACACAGGUGUUCGUAAAGUUUUCUUUGAUGAGAGAAAAAAAGAGGGAAACGCUACACGGAAGACGUUACCAUAAGUUGCUAGUGAUGGUAACUCAAAGCCUGUCAAAAGUGAUCAUUUUUAGCUGUAGUUUAACAAUAAUGAAAUUUUCAAAGUGAAUUAUUUGAAAUUAUUUGUUCUGCAAAUUUUAGGAAUCAAAAGUUUCUGAACAGUGGAAUUGUAAAUCAAACUUCAGCUCAAUUCUGGUCACAUGUAUCGCGGCCAUUUCAUAUAUUUUGAAUGCCACAUUUUAUUAAAUAACUUUUCAACCAAUGAAGAAGCCUAAACAUAUAGAGCACUUUUAGAUUUUCGUUGGAUCAGCUAAGCUAUCAAACCUUUUUCUUUAAGUUCCUCUUGAGGUUUAGGACAAUCGUUUCGUCGAUUGUCACUUUUCUUUUUGGUUUGUUGAUAUCGCUUCAAUUCUGAUACCACUUUAACGCUCCAGAAUAAUAGUGGCAGAAUGCCAAAUUCAGCUAUGAUAAUGCAAGGCACUUACGCCUUCGGAU